ACUUCUUCAGCUUCCUCCACUACCAGCAACAACCUUCACUCACUCACAACAUCAUCAUCAAACAUCAACAUCAUCAAUCAUCAUCAUCAAUCAUCAUUCAUUCAUCCACACACAUCCAUCAAACAACAUCACCUCACUCAACAUCACCCAUCAACCAUCAACCAUCACUCAACAUCAACCAUCAACCAUCACUCAUCACUGACUGACAUCGGCGGCGACAUCAACCGUCAAAGUCAGUCGCCUGCCACCAGCGCCAUCAAUUGCGCACCUCACUGCCUGUCAACCACCACAUCAUUGACUCGCACAGGCGGCGACAUCAACCGUCAGCCUGGCGCCUGUCACCAGCGCCAUCACUGCGCACUUCACUGAGGUUCCCACCUCCUCACUGGCACGAGUCGGCGGCAGCUUGCGAGCAGCACCUUCAGUCGCGCACAUGGCACCACAACCAUUUUCGCCGCACCAACAAUCUUGGCGGCCAAACAGCCAACCGCGCACUCGCACGACAUCGACACUGCCGCCAUCGAGACCGCCGACGCCAGCGACAACUUUUCCACCAUCAAAAUCAGCACACCGAGCAAAUCACGACUUCACGACAUCACGACACCGAAAUCGACCGAACGAGAUCCACGAACGAGACGGCGGCAGGCAGCGAGAGACGGGCAGAGAGCAGGCAGAGCAGGCAGAGAGCAGGGCAGUGACUUGGGCGGGCGAGAAAGCAGGCAGAUGGGCAAACGGGCGGCAGCAGCAAAAUUCGACCUCUUGGCAGUGUGCGUGGUUAGCGACUUCGGCGCGCCACCUUCGGGUGCUUAUGAUGUGAGAUGGCACGAGAGAGUGGGCCAUUACUCCAGCGACCAUGCGCCACGCACCUGCCAUUUGGUUCAACACAACAACAUCUUCGACACGCGACGAUCUGGCACAGA